UGGCUCGGUUGUGCCAAAACGGCAAAGACAGCAGAGACCUAAGCGACAACCAAGAGACAAACAAAAGAAAUGUGAAGGGGUUCAGAUGAGUUAAUAUAAGUUUGAGAUGUUCGCACCUCGCAAAUGCGGUGUUAAGUUCGACCCUCCAACACUGGUACUUUACUAUGAAGUCAAACUUACAGGCAGUUGGAGAAUCUGCUUACAAGAAUCCAGAACAACAUGGAUGGGAUUGAUACUUUGCCAUUUUUAAAACCAUCAACUCAAAACAAUGACCACAAUGAGGAUCUGAAUAAACUGGAUGACUUUGAGCUUGAUAAGAGAAAAGCUGACAUGGAUAAAGAUUUUGAAAACAACAGGCUUAGACCUGGAGACAAUGGCUUUGUAUAUGAUAAAGAGGUGGACUUUACUGGAGGAAAAAUAGAGUCAGGAUGGGAUGAUGAAGAUGAAUAUUCUGAUCCAGAUUUCUAAAUUAUUGUUUUGGAAAUUAUAUACAAUUUUAAUUAUUCUUGAAUUUUAAGGGGAUCUCCCACUUUAUCAGAGAGUGCAUUUUCCACAAUAAUUGCAUAUUCCUUGAUGAAUGUUAUAUUUAUAAUAAUUGCACUGCAACAGGUAUGCAAAGUUCAUCGGAAAUUUGACACUUUGAAUGAAAAAAGCACUGUAAUUUUUUUAAAAAAUGCUGGUUACAUAAAGAUGUCCCCUCCAUUAAACAUGUUCCCUGCAAGAAAAGAGAAGACGGAAAAACAAAA